UGCGGCCUACAUCGCGCUUCCAUCCGCAGUCGGUCGGCUGCUCUCCGGGGACUCGGGCUCGCUCCUCGGGCGCGUCCUCGUCCGCAGCUUCCGCCUCCUCCUCCAUCGUCAGGUGCAGCCUCGUUUGACUGGCAAAGCAGCCGCUCCCCACCAGCGUCGCACGGCAGCUCGGACGAGCCGCUCACAUCGCAGCGAUCCAGACCCGCGACGGUCGCCGCUUCCACCGGACCCCGCGCUGCAGACACCGCGUAUCGGCCGCCUUCGCACUCGAGAGUCGGCGUUGGACAUCGGGCCUGAGGAGCCAUGGACGAGCUGGACGUCCCUCAGAUGAGGAGAGAAGUGGAGAGUCUUCAGUACCAGCUGGCGAUCAACAGGGAGAAGUCCUCCAUCACGGUGACCGAGCUGGUGAAGUGGAUCGAGGGCUGCGUCUGUGAGGACCCCUUCCUGAACCCCGAGCUGAUGAGGGCCAACCCCUGGGUGGAGAAGGGCAAGUGCGCGAUCCUGUAACGGGGGCGCGCACGCGCACGGAGGAAGCCACGCUGCCCGCCACUGUUUAUUUAUCGAGACCGAGUCAUGUAAGCACCAAUAAAGACUGUUUGCCGCCCCCUGCUGGCCUGGCGUGGUGUCACAGCAGUUCCCGCACGUAG